AUGUCUGAACAAGCUCAAGCCCCUUUGGGCCGGGGGCUGCCCCCCGACAUGCUGGCAGAGCAGGUGGAACUGUGGUGGUCCCAGCAGCCAAGACGCUCCUUGCUGUGCUUCAGCGUCGCUGUGGGCCUUGUGGCAGGCUGUGGGGCAGGUGGCGUGGCCCUGCUGUCCUCCACCAGCAGCCGCUCUGGUGAGUGGCGCCUAGCAACAGGCACUGUGCUGUGCCUACUGGCCCUGCUGGUUCUGGUGAAGCAGCUGAUGAGCUCAGCUGUGCAGGACAUGAACUGUAUACGCCAGGCCCACCACGUGGCCCUGCUGCGCAGCGGUGGAGGGGCCGAUGCCCUGGUGGUGUUGCUCAGUGGUCUCGUGCUGCUGGUCACCGGCCUAACCCUGGCUGGACUGGCUGCUGCCCCAGCUCCUGCUCGGCCACUGGCCACCAUGCUGUCUGUGGGGAUUGCCCUGGCUGCCUUGGGCUCGCUCUUGCUGCUGGGCUUGCUGUUAUAUCAGGUGGGCGUGAGUGGACACUGCCCUGCUACCCGUGCAGCUGCCCCCUCAACCCAUAGUGGCCACGGUGGCAAUAGCAGCAUCUUCAGCAUCUCAGGACAGUUGUCUUCUGGCCAGCGUAAUGAGACCACCUCCAGCAUCGCCAGCCUCAUCUGAUAGAGCCAGAAUCCUCCUUCCCAGGACCUGUCUCAGCGUCUCCAAAACUGUGCCAGGAUGUGCAUGUGUGUGCUUGUGUGUGAAUGUGUGUAUGUCUCAGGGCCACAUCAGCCCUUCACUGGGUGUGUGAUAUGGGAUUAGGAGCCCACAUGUACUCACAUUCCACAUCUACUCACAUUCCACAUCACAGGUUAGCGUGUGCCUCCUUGGAACUGCAUGUUUGUGUCUGAUGACUGUCACUCUGUCUAUCUGGGUCUGAGUUCUCUAGGGAGAGAAACAUCUGCAAUCCCUAUUUCCAACACCCCUCAACUCUAGCCUUGCCCGGCAAUACCCGUCAAGGGUUUCCACAGGGUGACUGUUGUCCAUCCCAGAGACUGCACCAGUGACCGCUCAUCAAGAAGAAUGACUGGUGGCAAAGCAGAAGGAACAGGGGCUCCAGGAUUGAAAUCCUUCCAACCCCCAACCCAGGCACCUAAUAGCUGGGAGAUUCAGCAAGCAACUUAGUCUCUCUGGCCUUUUCUAGAGGUCAGGUUGCCACUGUUUGUGAGAAUUAAAUGUUGUCAUGAAUGGAAGGACUGGGCUCAGGAGAGAUAUGCAUGUACAAUAAAGUGGUGGCUGCUGUU